AUGGAGGCCAGCAUGCCGAAGCGGAAGGAGCCUGGCAAGUCCCUGCGCAUCAAAGUCAUCUCCAUGGGCAACGCCGAAGUGGGAAAAAGCUGUAUUAUAAAGCGAUACUGUGAGAAGAGAUUUGUGUCUAAAUACCUUGCAACAAUUGGAAUUGACUAUGGAGUCACAAAGGUACAAGUCAGAGACAGAGAAAUCAAAGUCAACAUCUUUGAUAUGGCUGGACAUCCCUUCUUCUACGAGGUUCGUAAUGAGUUUUACAAGGACACACAGGGUGUGAUACUGGUCUAUGAUGUUGGGCAGAAGGAUUCCUUUGAUGCCCUUGAUGCAUGGCUGGCAGAAAUGAAGCAAGAUCUUGGACCUCAUGGAAACAUGGAAAAUAUUGUAUUUGCAGUGUGUGCCAACAAGAUCGACUGUACUAAGCACCGCUGUGUUGAUGAAAGUGAAGGACGUCUUUGGGCUGAAAGCAAAGGAUUCCUGUACUUUGAAACUUCGGCUCAAACUGGAGAAGGAAUCAAUGAGAUGUUCCAGACCUUUUAUAUAUCCAUAGUUGAUUUAUGUGAAAAUGGCGGAAAACGUCCUAACACAAAUAGCAGUGCUAGUUUCACCAAAGAACAAGCAGACACCAUUCGCAGAAUUCGAAGUAGUAAGGACAGUUGGGACAUGUUGGGAGUCAAACCUGGGGCCUCGAGGGAUGAAGUCAAUAAAGCAUAUCGGAAACUUGCUGUGCUGCUUCACCCUGACAAAUGUGUAGCACCUGGUAGUGAAGAUGCCUUCAAAGCGGUUGUGAAUGCCCGAACAGCCCUCCUGAAAAACAUCAAGUAG